AUGAGUGAGGUUAAACCAGAGCCAUCGCAGCCACCACAACCACUGCAGCCACCGCAGCCACCACAUCCACCACAGCCACCACAACCCGAUGGUAAAUUACAACCACCAAAGAAGAAAGGGUUUUCUAACCCUGCUUUGCGAAUGAUGGGCAUCCCCAGAAUUUCACUCCCUUCUCGAAACUGGCUCAUCUUUUGGUCCGUUCUUAUUGGAGUCGGAUCAUCAAUAGCUUACGAUAAAUACGAACAGAAACAGAUUCGCAAGAAAUGGAUGGCAAGUGUGUCGCAUUUGGGUGAAGAGGUAUACACCAACGAUAGAAUACCUAGGAAAUUGACAAUCUACAUAGCACCCCCACCAAACGAUUAUCUCGAUGAGUCGUUGAGAAUUUUCCGCAAGUUUAUCAAACCGGUAUUGAAUUCUGGAUCUGUUGAUUUUGAAAUAUUUAGCGAGAGCAGACAAGGAGAUAUCAGAUCUAGCGUGGCGCAAAGGAUUAGAGAUUUGCGAAUCAAGGAAGCUGAAAAAGCAAAACUGCAAAUUGAUCAAGGUAAAUCUAGUGAUCCAAAUGAGGAGCCAGAGUAUGUGAAACGGUCAGAUUUGUACACUCCAAGUGAUGUUCUCGGAUUGUACAAGGUUUUCCCGAAAAAGAUUGACAUUGUAUCCGACGACGCAGAUAAUGAAGUGGCGGGAGGGGUUGUAUGUAUUGGCAGAGGAGCUUUCAAAGAGUAUAUGAGUGGGGUACACGAAGGUUUGCUAGGACCAUUGCAAAAGCCACAAGCUAUUGCCGAUGAAGAGGCUCGUAGGGCAGAACAAAAAGCCAAAGACAAGGAGGAAAAUCCAAGCAAGUAUAGUGACGAGGAUGACGAGGAUAAUGACAGUUUGAAACCGGUACCGAUGAAAUUCAUCAACUCUUCAGAAUAUGCCAAUGCUCCCUUGGCGCCAGAACUCAAUAUGGACACCAUACUUAAAGAUGACAAGGGGGUUCCAUUAUUUUUUGAACAACCAGUUUAUGUCUACUCGGUGCCAACAAUCCAGGGCUUCAAGAAUGUGCCACGUAAGAUUUACCGGUUUUUUACCAAAAGAUUCUUUGCUGACGACUAUGGCGAAAGAACCACCCAUAUUGUGAAUAAAGACGCCAGACCAUUUAAGCAAAAAGACAUUUUGAUGGCCAAGGAAGAGGAGGUUGACUGGCCACCAAACUGGGUUAAAAGAGGUACUGAAAGAGGAUCAGAAUGGGUUCAAGAGUUGGCUUAUGACGAUCGAGUUAUCUCGAGAAUGAGAGUGUUUGAUGAUAAGAAGUAG